AUGAGCUGCAAAUAUGAAAAAGAAGAAGGAAAUAACCCUAAACCUGUGCCUAAGGGACCUGAAAAUUUUAGGCUGCAUUCUGCAGCUUCGAAUUUGAGUGAUAAUGUAAAAAGUGUUAUGGAACCAAGAACUAUCAUGUAUCCCCCAAAAUAUCAAAAACUCAGCCAAGUGUGGCUCGAGAAUCUUGAUACAAUUGACGAGAAGAAAUUGGGCUUGCUUGAACUGCACCCAACAGUGUUUGCUACAAAUCCAAGAAUUGACUUGAUUCAUCAAAAUGCCAGGUGGCAGACUUUAUACAGAUAUGUUAGUUAUGCACACACUAAAAUGCGAUUUGAAGUUGCAGGAGGUGGUAGAAAACCAUGGCCACAAAAAGGAUUGGGUAGAGCUAGACAUGGUUCAAUAAGAAGCCCCCUUUUUAAAGGUGGUGGUGUCAUUCAUGGUCCCAGAUCUCCUACACCCCAUUUUUAUAUGCUCCCUUUCUAUACCCGAAUUCUGGGACUGACAAGCACCCUAUCAGUAAAAUUUGCCCAAGAUGAUUUACAUGUAGUUGAGAAUUUAGAGAUUCCAACUGAAGAACCCAGUUACUUAGAGGAGUUGGUAAAAAGUCGUAAUUGGGGCCCUUCAGUGCUUUUUGUUAAUGUGGAGGAUAUAAUGCCCAGAAAUAUUACAGUUGCUACAGAUGUUUUCAAGCAUUUCAAUCUGAUGCCUGUUUAUGGUUUGAAUGUUUACUCAAUGUUAAAACAUGAUACUCUUGUUUUAACGAGGGCUGCUGUGGAUCAUAUAGAAAAUAAAAUCAUGCAGCAUUUGCAUAAGAACGAUACAAGAAGUGUAAUGGCAAAGUAUAAAGUUGAUCAAGCUUGAUUUGUUAUAUUGAGAAGAUUAAGAAUCAAUAAAAGUAGACUUAAGUGAAGUUUUGUAUCAAUACUCACAAAUUUGUAUGUAAAAAAUGUCUCGUCAUUUUCUGAUCAAUAUAGCUUCUGGAAAAUUUUCGAUGUUUCCAUGCCAAAAUUUUAUUAUUUUCAGGAAUGAAACCGUUUAAUAAUUGUUUGUCUGCAAUUAUUAUUCUUAAUUUUUUUAAUUUUAGUGAUAAUUGGUAAUUUGAGGAAACCUUCUGGAUUAAUUGGAACAGUGGAAAGAUUAGCAGUAAAAAAUGCACUCAUGCAAGUUUUUUUUAUAAUACAACAUAAU